ACUGUGUGUUGUGAUGUGUAUCUGCUGGGCCUCUGUUUCCUGGAAUGUCCUGUGACGAGGACGUGGACCUGCAGAGCUGGGGCUGGACUGACCUCUCCAGCUACUCCACAGCAGCGUCAGACUCAGAGAAGGAGCAGCAGGUUGUGUCAUUCCUCCACACGGGGAUCAUGUCCAGGUGCAGCCUGCGGCUCGACGACGGCCUGUUGGACCGCGGUCUGCCGCACAGCACCGCCUCCUUCAGUGUGGGUGGAAGCAGCUGGAGGAGCAACAGGUUGUUGAAGUCUCGUCAUUCUCAGCAGCUCUCUGUCUCCUGCUCGGAGUCUCUCCUUCUCAGCACUCCUCGUAAGCAGACCUCCCAGUCGCUCCUGAACAGCAGUCUCCACAGCGUGGCCUCAGACGCCUCCCUGCUCUCCUCCCUGCUGGACGACUCCUCCGUCCAGGAGACCACGAUGGUCGACACCUUCUGGGGUUUAGACCAAGACAUUGAUCCUAAAGAAAGCACCAUCAUAGCAGAGCAGAGCACCAUCCUGGCGGACCGCACUCUGAUUGGUUCGGAUGGCCGCUGUCCCAAACACCUGGUCCAGACGCUCAGCAGGGUUUACUGUAAAGACUGUGAGCAGCACUCAGUCAGGAGGGAGUCCACACACUCCUCCAAAUACACCUCCUCGUUGACGGGACCCUUGGAGCCCGAAGACCCAGAAACAUCCACCGUCUACUGCCGAGACCGGAGCCGCAAGACUCAGACAGAUGUGCUGCAGCUGUGGUUGAGCUCCUGUCUGCUGUGUGUCAGGAGAGCCGCAGCCUGCUGUGUGACACACACCUGGCAGGUGUGUCAGGGGCUGGCCUCAAAGGUCAACUUACAGACUGAUAACAGCUGUGGAGGUGCUGACUCUCGAUCCCGUCACUGUGGAGUCAUGAACCUGAGGGAGUCCACCACAAACCAGAAGGAGCUUCAUCCCAAUGGAUCUCUGUGUCAGACUGCAGGGGAUGUGUACAGGUGGCUGAACAGGCGAUGGCAUCACAUGACCGCCAGCUUCAUACAGACUCGGUUUCCUCUCGGACUCCUCCUGGUUCUCCUCCCUCUGCUGCUGCUACUCUUCACUGUCAACAUCACAGAGUGGAGGACGGUGGUCUCUGAUGCCCCUGGUCUGUCCCUCGUCUAUGGCUUCAUGUCCCCCCAGAGACUAUCAGCAGAGGACGCUACGAAGGAGGUGCAGCCAAAUGAGGAGCCACUUUACAGUCCUCCUCCACCAGCUGAACCCCCGACCACAGCAGAGGAAGCCUCUGUGGCGGCAGAUGAGCCGUCGAGGCUCGUCCGUCUGGAGCAGAGUCUGACGGCGCUGUGGGAGUGGGUGGAGGCCAGAGGGUGGCAGGAGGAGCGGAGACACAGUGAGGAGCUCCGGCUGUACACUGACCUCCAGCAGCAGCAGACCUCUGCUCAGAGCGGCCUGCUGGACCAGCACCUGGACCGGCUCAGGACACAACUGGACAUGGAGAGACAGCAGAGGGAACAGAGUCGUCAGCAGGAUCUGCUGCAGCAGCAGAGUCAAACACAUCGACUGGAUCAGCUGGAGCUGCAGCUGCAGGCGCUGGCUGCAAAAACAGAGGAGGUGCAUAGGAGACAAGAAGCAGCUGCAACAGUCCCACCUUCAUCCACGCUUCCAGCUGCUGUCAGUGUUGGUGUGGACCGUCAGUCCCACGAUGCCUUGCUGGUGGAGGUUGCACGUUUGGAGGCGGCUCUGGAGGACGUCAGACGGGAUGUUGAGGGUCUGUCUGGGUGUCUGCACAGCUGCCGACAACUCGAAAGGAUCCAGCAGACGAUGUCAGAGCAGGUUUCCGCUCAGGUCCGUGAGGAGGUUCGGACUCUGGUCUACGGCAACCAGCUGACAGUGAGGGGCGGGGCCUCUGGAGGCACCGCCGGCCUCCCAGAGUCGCUCCUCCAGUGGCUGUCGCAGCAGUACGUCAGCGGGGCCGACCUGCGGGCGUCGCUGGCCUCCCUGGAGCUCAGCAUCCUGCAGAACAUCAGCCUGCAGCUGGAGCAGCGCCGCAGCAAGGACACGGUCAGAGAGGCCGACCUGGGGGCCGCUGUGGCCGCCGUGACCCAGGAGGACGUCCAUGUGAUCGUGAAGAACGCUCUGCGCCUGUUUUCUCAGGACCGGACUGGCCUGCCGGACUACGCUCUGGAGUCUGGAGGGGGCAGCAUCCUGAGCACUCGCUGCUCAGAGACAUAUGAGACGAAGGCUGCUCUGUUGAGUCUGUUCGGGGUUCCCCUCUGGUAUUUCUCUCAGUCUCCACGAGCCGUAAUCCAGCCAGACCUCCAUCCAGGAAACUGCUGGGCCUUCAGAGGCUCCACAGGAUUCCUGGUGAUCCGCCUCUCCAUGAAGAUCCUCCCCACCGCCUUCUCCCUGGAGCACAUCCCCAGAGUCCUGGCACCCAGCGGGACGAUACGCAGCGCCCCCAGAGACUUCAGCGUCUAUGGUCUGGAUGAUGAGGGUCAGGAGAGAGGGAAGCUGCUGGGCACCUACACCUACGAUGAGGAUGGAGAAGCUCUACAGACCUACCCCGUCACUGAGGAGAGCGACCGAGCCUUCCAGAUCAUCGAGGUACAGGUGUUGUCCAACUGGGGCCACCCGGAGUACACCUGCAUGUACCGCUUCAGAGUGCACGGGAGGCCCGGGCACGUCUGAUGACGCUAUGUUGGAUUAUUUUGUGCAGAGAUGAAGAGCGACUCGUCUGUUCGUAGAAGCUCUGCUGCUCUUUCAGACAUCUUGAGGUGACGCUCGGACUGUAAACUCACUUCUUUUCUUUCAAACCAAAUGUGACUCGUGAGUGUGGAGAGGAAGGACACACUGUGACAGCUUUGAUGUGAUGUCUAAUUUUUUCUGUCAAUAGUUCAUAUUUUUAUAUCAGUGUUGUUCUGACUUUUGUAUUUGCUGAGUUAAAGGUUCUUCAUGUUUUAGCUAAUUUUCUUAUUGGUUACAUUAUUGCAGUGUGGUAAUACAGCUGCUUUAUCUGGUAAUACAGUUGUCACGUGACCAAACGUAAACUAAAAUUGGCUUUGCUCGCUGUAAUUGUUCCUCUUGUCUGUGCUGCUGGUGAAGAGAUGUAGCGAUCCAAGUCCUCCCUUUGUAGAAAACGACAUUUUGAAGUCCAUCUGAAGAUAACGAGGCUUCAGCAAUUUGAGUUGAAAUGAGCUGGAAAUGUACCCAGGUUUUCCUCUUUGUGUUUCCCCGUUCACCUGAACCACACCACAGGUACAGCGAAACACUACAAACACUUUGGAAGAUAAUGUUUGACUGGUUAACUCGAGGUCAUCUUUCCACAGACAGACUGGAUUGUAUCCCCAGCACUUCCACUGAAGUGGUUUUUAGGAGAUCUCUUCAAGGCCAGUAUGAGCCAUUAAGACCGAAAAGCUGCCAAAUGUUCACAUUAGUGAUAAACCUGAGAAAAUGUGCAGCUGUCCACGCGGCCAUGUUUCAUAUUUGGUCGGAUUCUCUGCUUCAUAACAGUUUUUGGUCUUUCUUCCGAACAAGAUUUUGUGACAGUAAAGUCUGUUGGUGAUAAUGAUGGAAAUGUAAAUGCUUGUACGUCAGUAAGAUGAAUGAAGUAACUGCUCGGAUGAAAUGAGAAUAUUUUUUUCAGGUUAAUGGAAAACGUGUUUACUUUUCUUAAGGAAUCUCUCAAUCUCUCAAUGUUGAGCACUUUUAUACAUAUUAUAUAUUUGUGUGUGUUUUUUUUAUUGUGAUUUCGAGCUGGA